CUGACGUCUGGUUUGUUUUCAGACUUGAUCGUGCCACUUCUUUUUAGCAUUUUACCACCUCCUUUGACCAACAAUGUCGCAUGCUGGUGCACAAAAGGGCAGUCCUCUGACACUGGUGCUGAUGGUUGCUUCUGCAUCCAUUGGAGGGACUCUUCAGUAUGGAUAUAACCUUGCAAUAAUGAAUGCUCCCACAACUUUUAUCCAAACUUUUAUCAAUGAAACAUUCUUGGAGCGAUGGGACGUCCAGUUGGAGGAAUACCAGGUGACGUUAGUCUGGACAAUCAUUGUCUCCAUCUUCUCGUUGGGGGGGUUUGCUGGAGCUCUUAUUGCAGGACCUAUGACCAUACGCUUUGGGAGGAAGAAGUGCCUGCUGCUGAACAACAUUUUUCUCAUGACUGCUGCACUCUUAGCACUGACGAGUAGAACCGCCAGAUCUUUUGAGAUGAUCAUGAUCUCACGUGUCCUGGUUGGAAUAAAUGCCGGUAUCAGCAUGAAUGUGCAGCCCAUGUAUUUUGGAGAAAGUGCACCAAAGCACUUAAGAGGAGCUGUCUCUUUGUCAUCAGCUGUGUUUACAGCAUUCGGUGUCGUGUUAGGACAGGUGGUCGGACUCAGAGAGAUUUUGGGCAGUGAGCCGUGUUGGCAGUACCUUCUUGCCAGUAAUGCCAUUCCUGGACUCAUUCAGCUCCUGACCCUGCCAUGGUUCCCAGAGAGUCCCAGAUAUCUGCUCAUUGAUAGAGGAGACAAGGAGGCUUGUAUUAAUGCUCUGAGACGCCUGCGAGGCUGUGAGGUCCAGAGUAGCGAGCUGGAUGAGAUCCUGCAAGAACAGGCUGAAACCAAAGGAAUGAGGGCGAGCCACCCCUGGGAGCUUUUUACUGAUCGCUCUGUACGCUGGCAGCUCAUCUCUGUCAUGAUCAUUAGCAGUGCCAUGCAGCUCUGUGGCAAUGACUCGAUUUACUUUUAUGCAUCAUAUGUGUUUAAAGAGGCUGGAAUAUCAGAUGACAAAAUCCAGUAUGCUACAAUCGGCACCGGGACAUGUGAAUUCACAGCCUGUAUAAUGUGUAACCUGCUGGUAGAGCACAAAGGUCGGAGGUUCAUGCUGGCAGGAGGCUUCACCCUCAUGACCUUCUGGGCUGUCGUCUUCACGAUCGCUCUGUCAUUUGAGCACCAUAUAACCUGGAUGUCGUACCUGACCAUGACCUGUGUCUACACCUAUAUUCUCAGCUUUGGCAUGGGACCAGCUGGAGUGACUGGCAUUCUUCCCACAGAGAUCUUCAAUCAGGCGGCUCGGCCGGCAGCCUACAUGAUUGCUGGCUCCAUGAUGUGGCUCAACCUGUUCGUCGUUGGAAUGAUCUUCCCAUUUUUAGUAAGCGGGCUGCGUGAGUACUGCUUUGUGCCUUUUGCAGCGAUCUGCCUGUUGUCUGCACUGUAUGUUGGCCUUUUUCUGCCUGAGACCAAGGGGAAGUCUCUGUCAGUCAUCAUGCGUGAAUUUCACAGGCUCAAUUUCAAAGGUCAGGAAAACCAUUUUGAAGCUCAAACCAAACCUCAGUAUCAGCUGGGCGAAGUGUGUCUUUCCACAGCCUUGUAGACAGACUUUUUCUCCAGAAACAUGCAGUCACACCCAGCGCAUGCCUCACUUUGACCUGAUCUGCAUCAGCGGGAAGACGUUUUGUGGUUUGGGAGCCGCUUUUCAUAUCUUUGAAAAACAUUAUCUGAAAUGUUUUUCCUGUGAGGAAAAUGGCAAUUUAAAGAAUUUAUCUUUGACUUUUUCACAUUAUGCUUUAUGUCACUGAUUGAUGUGAGACAACAAGUCAUUGAAACUACUUUAUAUUAAGUGUACUGUAAUAAAGUAUAAAUCAUCUUUUCCACAGAAAGUUAUAUUUUUGUUAUUAGACAGAGCUGGAUACCUAAGACC